AUGAAGCACCGAUCGGUAGUAGCGAACUUCAUCUUUCAAAGUGCUGCGCCUUCACAGCCAGUCGAUGCCGUCGCGCUCUUCCGCCGCAGCCAUCACCCCAGCAUCCGCUCCUAUCAAGGUAAGCUCGCGCCUAUCUCCGGCAGUAUCGAUGCGUCCGACAAUUCUCCCACUGCGGCAGCCGUUCGCGAGACUCGAGAGGAGACCCAGCUCAUUGCGCACCGUGACAUCAGGCUCGAUUUCAUAGGGCCUCCGUUCUCGUUCGCUGACGAGCAGGCACAGAGGUCCUGGACGGUGUAUCCGUUUGCGUGGACGCUGCUCGUAGACGAGAAGGCUAUCAUCCUUGAUUGGGAGCAUGAUGGGUGGGAAUGGGCUAAGCCUGAAAACGUCUUGUCGGGGGCGAUGGAUGAUGUGUGUGUGCCGAGAUUGCACGAGUCACUGAGGAGAGUUUACUUCGGUGCCAAAGGAAUGUUUGGAAGCGAUGAGCACAUGCGACCUGGAAGUGAGGCCGGCAACGCGUUUCAAGCAGGCAUAAACCUACUACGGGACGACAAGGAUAAUGGUGCGAGGGUAUUAGCAACUAAUGCGGUGCGGAGCUUGAAGGAAAUCGUUGACGCCUUUCCCGAGCCCGCGGACUCAAGCACUCGAGCUCUCUGGUGGAAAUCCCUUCGCAUUGCUGCCUACCACCUCAUGCACAGCGCGCGACCCAGCAUGAGCGCAGCGAUAGCUUCCGCCCUGCUAGAAGCGCUGUCGCAGAUCGAACACAUGAUCAGAGAUCCUGGCCAGACAAAACAGGAUAUCAGCUCGCAGCUCGAUAUUUGUAUCUCCAAUCGACAACACGCCUCAAAGCGCAUAGCACAAGCGUUCACAGACUACCUAGGCGAACGGGCACCGAACAGCGCCGACAACAGUGCUGUACACAUCGUCACGCUUUCAUCGUCCUCCACAAUUCAAGCCGCACUCCUUCACCUCAUCGGCUCCAGGCAGUUCAAGAAAGUCCAAGUCUCGAUCCUCGAAUCGCGCCCGCGCUGCGAAGGCGCCAGUCUCGCCGCCGCGAUAGUCUCCGCACUGAAAAAUCAGCGCCACGAAGGUCCGCUCUCGUCGAGCACGACCGUCAGCAUCACAAUCGCCCCCGACUCGCAUCUUGCGUCCUUUAUUGCCCCGACCGAGCCCUCGGCCCGGGUCAAGACGUACCUACUCCUUGGCGCCGAUCGUAUCACUGUCUAUGGCGAUGUCCUGAAUAAGACGCUGUCCUUGUCCGCGGCGAGCCUGGCGCAAAAUACACAAGAGGCAACUAGUGGGCAAGAGCAACAGCGAAGUGUGCCUGUUGUGGUGCUCAGUGAGUCAGAUAAGGUCGCCGGGCUCUCCAAUGCUGACGCGUUGGAGCAAAGCAGCGCCAGGAGCGAGAAGUUGGAGAGAGAGGCUCACGGUGUGGAAGCUGGCUCCGUUGAGGAGGUCAUUGGGAUCUGGAAGGUGGCAGGAGUCAAAGAUGGGGACGUGGAGCUGUUGCGAGAAGUUAUGUCAGAAGGCGAGGGAGCAGCUAUGCAAGUAUCAGUCGAGGAUCGAAUUUUCGAGUGGGUUCCAGCGAGACUUGUGAGCGUCUAUAUGACGGAGUUGGGGAGAAUAUACAAGAACUACAUCAGGGAGAUGAGCGUUCGGAAGACAGAGUUGGCGGCAAAGAUAUUUGAUGAUUUGUAUGAUUGA